AUGUCCCCAAACCGCAACGCUCGCACUUCUCGCAAAGGAGAGAUCCCGCGCAAUUUCAUCCGCAAUUGGCACAGCUCAGGAUCUCGUGGUGCAACUCCGUUGGUUCGCCGACCGAUCACUGCCUGCCAGGGCUGCCGUGCAGCCAAGGUCAAGUGCGACGGGCGGCAAGAAUGCAACCGUUGCACCAACCGCGGCAUCGUCUGUAGAUAUGUAAAUACCGAGCCCGCCGAACCCUUUCAACGAAGCGGCCGUCAACCCUCAACGGAUGCUGUGGCACCACAAACCGACCCCAAGACAGUGUCACCUAAGACGACAUCACUUAACUUUGAAGCCAUGGACGCAACAGACCACUCCCCCUUAGACACAAUGACCUACCCGCCUAUGCUCGACAUCAUGACCGGCUGGACAUCCGACACAAUUCCACCGUCAUUCGAUGACUUUGACUGGCAAGCAAUAGAUCCUAGUCUAAAUACCACUUCAUCUGAGCUGGACACCAUCUUUCACUCCCCGCUCGUUUCCCCGCCGUUAGAUCUGGAUUUGUCAUAUGCCGCAUCUUCGUUUGAAGUAGGCAGCAACAGUGCGAGUACGACCACGACGGCAGUCUCUUCCUCUAUGAGCACUACUACUGCUACGAAUAUCACCAAGGCCACAAGUGUCACAAGCACCGCCAGCGCCUCGUCAUUUAGUCCAAGUCAGCUUUUCACGUCGCCCAACUGCGCGUGCCGGGAAGGAUUGGCAGCUCUCGUUCCCAGGCUCAAAAGCGCCAUUCGGGAGAAGCAGCUCGACGAAGUCAUCAAAGUCACCGGGGAUGUAAUGAGGGGUUGCCAGGAGAUUGUCGACUGCGCCGCCUGUCAGCUCACCUGCACAGACCUGAUCUGCAUGAUGUCGGUAUUCCAGCAGACAGAUUCAUGUUUUGACCACAUCUCCAGAGCCGAAUUAGACGGCUCCAUCAAGUUGAAUUUUGGCGGGCAGGAGAUUCUUAUCAACGACCCGAAUCUGAGAGCCAUGCUCGUCAUGGACCUCGUACAACACGCCACAAUGGUAUUGGACGCCAUCAGCACCAAGGGCCAGACGAUGCUACGAGCGCUGGGAACGCCAUCGCUUCUCGCAAGGGCUAACAUCGGUUAUCUGGAGACAGUGAUUGGUGAUUUCAGGAAACUUCUUCGUACGGUUGCUGACCAAGCAAAUUCCCCUGGAUUCUCGCCGAGGAGUCCGUCGCGGACGCUGGAAUCGGUCAGUCGCUAG